AUGAUCCCGCCUUUCGUAAGCACUACUGCAGUCACUACGCACGAGAUACCGGAAAAUCUUCCGGCACCUUCCACUCAAUCGCAAGACCCGGCCUGGGGGGCUUCGCCAAUGCCAUCCCGUGGGUCUCGACAUUUUUCCCUGGCCGCAGCUACGUUCCAACCUUCUUCAAAAUGGGCACAAUCUUGGGGAAUGGCGAUUCUUGAACGUGACGAGCGUGAUGACUUGCAGAUUUGUCAAGAUUUCCUUGAUGCUUUCACUGAGGAAAGUGGGUGGGGGUUGACGUCGGAGUUUAUAGCCAAGUACCCGGAGCUAUUGGAUGGCAUGGAUGUUGAAGUUGUACGUGGCCCUUUCGACCCACAGAGUUCGCCCGCCCAAGACAUGUUUAGUAUAUCCAUCACUACUACCGUCAAUCCAUAA